GACCAGGAAGCCCUCCAGCUGCUCUGUCAAGACCGAGGCCGGCUCUCCAAGUCCGCGCUGGGGACGAUGGGAGGUGUGCACCUGCGACAGAACACAGGUACCGCCAGGUCCAGGUAGGGGUGGCUUUUCGCCGAGGUCCCCCGCCUCCGCAUACUUCUUGCCCUCGCUGCUUCCCCGGCCGCCUCUCCCGGCCCCACUCCUCGCCCGGCGCUCGCCGCUACAACUCCCGCCUGGGCUGGCGCGAGACCCGCGAGCGCCGGAGUGGGCGCGCGGGAUGCGCGCGGGCCGGAGCCCGGAGCUCUGGGCAUGCUCAGUCGCGCGGGCAGGGCUCCGGGCGCGAGCUGGGCUCCUUCUGCACCACAUUCAGCGGCUGCCAAGAGGAGCCGCCGGGCGCUCGCAGGCUCAGCGCGCGCUGCCCGCGGCAGGACCCGGCCGCCUCCGCCGCCGCCGCCGCCCCUAAGCCUCCCGAAGCCAUGGCCGGGCUCGGCCACCCCGCCGCCUUCGGCCGGGCCACCCACGCCGUGGUGCGGGCGCUACCCGAGUCGCUCGGCCAGCACGCGCUGAGAAGCGCCAAGGGCGAGGAGGUGGACGUCCCCCGCGCGGAACGGCAGCACCAGCUCUACGUGGGCGUGCUGGGCAGCAAGCUGGGGCUGCAGGUGGUGGAGCUGCCGGCCGACGAGAGCCUUCCGGACUGCGUCUUCGUGGAGGACGUGGCCGUGGUGUGCGAGGAGACGGCCCUCAUCACCCGACCCGGGGCGCCGAGCCGGAGGAAGGAGGUUGACAUGAUGAAAGAAGCAUUAGAAAAACUUCAGCUCAAUAUAGUAGAGAUGAAAGAUGAAAAUGCAACUUUAGAUGGCGGAGAUGUUUUAUUCACAGGCAGAGAAUUUUUUGUGGGCCUUUCCAAAAGGACAAAUCAACGAGGUGCUGAAAUCUUGGCUGAUACUUUUAAGGACUAUGCAGUCUCCACAGUGCCAGUGGCAGAUGGGUUGCAUUUGAAGAGUUUCUGCAGCAUGGCUGGGCCUAACCUGAUCGCAAUUGGGUCUAGUGAAUCUGCACAGAAGGCCCUUAAGAUCAUGCAACAGAUGAGUGACCACCGCUACGACAAACUCACUGUGCCUGAUGACAUAGCAGCAAACUGUAUAUAUCUAAAUAUCCCCAACAAAGGGCACGUCUUGCUGCACCGAACCCCGGAAGAGUAUCCAGAAAGUGCAAAGGUUUAUGAGAAACUGAAGGACCAUAUGCUGAUCCCCGUGAGCAUGUCUGAACUGGAAAAGGUGGAUGGGCUGCUCACCUGCUGCUCAGUUUUAAUUAACAAGAAAGUAGACUCCUGAGCUGCAGAGUCCCCCCCGGUAGCCGGCAAGACUGCACAGGCAAGGCCGAUGACUCUGUGCCCACUCCUGUUGUUUUCCUUGACAAUCUACUGUGCCACUGUGCUACUAACUCUUGUUUACAAAAUUUGAUUCUAAGUUGAAUUGCUUCAUUCAACACCCCCACCCUCCCUCCCCUCGCGGUGGUACCUAAGCUGUGGAUUUGCUAAAUGAAUUAAGCAACCUAGAAGAUACAGAGCUAAUGAAUUAUCAAAAUGUGAUUAAUCCUAGUAAGGAAACACUCAUUUAGUGUCUGUAUUUUUGGUGUGAAAAUUAUUUAGUUGCCAGUAUAUUCUGAAGAAUGUCUUCUUGAUCAGUCAGAUAAGCUUGCUUUUUUUUUUUUUUUCCAUGAAUCAUGUUUGGUUCCUGUGAAAGUCCCUGGUCCAGGGAUCCUCCUCCUUUCUCUUUUACUUCUGAAUUCUGAAAUUCAGUUAGUUACUUUUGCCUUUUGCUCUUCUAUCACAGCCACCUUGACUUUGGGUAAAACCCAAGGUCUUUCCUUCUGGCUACCUUCCUGCAGGUCCACCCUGUCUGCCAUUGGUCUCCUCUGCCUCUGACUACAUCUGCCACCAACAACCCUCCCCUCACCCCUGCCAGGGGCAGACAGGCUUCUCAGCAGAACCGUGACUGAAAUCAGAGCUGCUGUCUGGGGCAGUGUUAACUACACAGAGGCACAUCCUGACAGGGUUUGCCCCAGAGAUCUAAAUUCCAGAAGGAGGGCACCACACCUAGGAAGGUAAAUCCAGUAUCAGAAGGUUGCUAAAAGAUUAAAGAUCAAGAAGCUUGGAAACAUCCCAUGGGUACAAUGUCUUAGAAAGUCUUUAAGUCACAUACCAUGAAUUUUUGCUUCAUUACUGACCAUAUAUGACCUUGGAGGAACUCUUUUUUUUUUUUCCUUCAACUCAUUUCUGUUUCCACCUACCCUGACUCACCCUAUUUCCAGUCUUCUACCCCUUGCAGUUAUCCUAGUCCAGCAAAGUCAUUUCUUUCAAAAGAGACAUCAUGUCUGAAAAUGAUUACUGGUAGUCUAAUAUGAGCCAGAGUAAACAGCUCCUCAUGGUCAAUGAACAUGUUCAGGAAGCGAUCACCUUGAUGCUUGAACCCAACCCCAGACAGUGGACAAUUCUACUUUGAAAUAUCUGUGAAUAUUUACUGUGGAAUCCAAUUUAAAUUUCUUUCUUCUCUAGCCUUUAAAUUACACAACUUUCAACUGACACGGGUCUCUUACAAAGAACAAUGCGGCACUGAAGGAAGAGAUGAUUCCUUUACUCAAACCUGCAGGAAUCAGCCUAUUAACAGGCAGGGGAAACGGUACUUUCCAAUGAAUGGUAACUGAUCCAGGCACAUUAUCACACUUCCUAGUCAUCUCCACCUUUCCUGUAUUGCCUGUGGCUUGUUGUUUAAGAUUAAGAAUCAAAGAGAUUAAGAAGUAUCACUUCAGGUCUUGCUCUGCUCACUUCUGUGUUUGCAGUCAAAUUACUCCUUAUGUUGGUGACCUAAAGAGAAUUACUUUCAUUCAUUUCAUUUCCCGCGUAGCAGAUGGAAGUGAGAAACCUCUGAGAAAAUGAAAACAUCCUUAACCACUAUCUUUCCCUUUUAUUUGAUUAUUUUAUGUCAGAAAUUUGCAGAAGUUUUUUUCUCCUCCUUCUCUUCCUUGUUGCUUAACUUUUUAAUUCAUGCCAUAUGCAGAUAUCCAAUUAUGUGCAUCCUGUGAAUAAACCAUGUCUUGGUCACUGUCAUAUUUUGAACCAUCUCAUCAGAGAUGAAUAAUAUAUUUUUACCAGAGAGAGAAUGAAUGUUAGCCACAUGCCCGAGUUAACAAAGAAAAAAUGUUCUCAAGGUUGUCCUUUUGGGUUAAAUCUGGCCCUUCCUUGGCAAAAGCAAAAAUUCUCCCUGUGAGAGCUUAACAUCUCAAAUACAACUACAGGAAAAAUGGCCCAAUCUGCCAGUUUAGGCUUAUCAGCAUAUAAUUUUUAAUAUCUUUACUUCUAUCAUCCCAAAUCAAAGAACUCUUCUCUAUUAUGUUUAAUCAAUUGCAAGCAAAUAGAUUUUUCUUUGUAACAAUUUGUUCUGCAGAAGGCCGUUUUUCACUUUUCCUUUCUUUUACUUCUUUCUGUCUUUCCUUCUCUUUGUCUGGAGAAAUCACUUAGACUCUGUGUGCCUCUUCUACAUUGCAUUCUGCUCUGCUAUGUUACCUGCUAGGCUGGCUUCUUUGGACUCCCUAUGUGAUUGAUGAUGUGAAAACCUAAAUUACUUGCAGCAUAGUAUUACUUCUUUGAUGUUCUCAUUAGCAUAAUGUUAUUUUUGAAAAGGAAAGAUACUAUCGCAUAAGUUUUCCUUGUCUGUUGUGAUAUACACCGAUGGAUAAACUAAUGGAAACUGCUUUUUGACAUUAAAAGACAUGAGAAAUUAUAUUUAACUAAGUAAAAGUUAAGUCAGAAUUACUUGGGUGAUGUGAUUCAAUUUAGUUAAAGGAUGAUAUAGAGAAAAUACAUUAUUUAGCAUUAUUUCUUCAGCUAUAAUGAAUUGCUAUAGAAAUCAGGCAGAUCUUUCUAAUGUGUAUUGAUUGGUCUUUUCAGCUACUCUGAACAGAUUACUAAGGCCAUCUCCUCAUCUCUACGGGAGAAAAAUAGUCUGUAGAUGAAUAAUGUAAGGUAAAGAGUUGCAUGUCAGUCUUUGUAAUUAUUUACACUUUAACUUUCUCCAGAACUCAGACAUGAUUUCAACAUGGUGUUAGAUUUGUGCAUUUUAUUUUCCUGACCACCUCAUUCCAGCCAAUGUAUGGUUAUCCACUCUGUGUGCCAAAACCAAUCAUGCCUUUCACGGCCCUUUAGUUCAGAGAAGUUCUGCACUGAUUUUUAGUCUCUUGAUGUCUCAAUCUUACAUGUAUACCAAUCACAAUGGAAUAAAGUGUUGAGUUGUACUGUGA